CUUAGUUGGCAUUUACAUCAAGAUAGUGCUAAUAGUAUUUAAUUCUUUUGCAAUCAUUUUAAUCAAGUUUUAUGUUGUGUGAUAAUUAAAUUUCCUUUUAGCAGUUUGCAGAAUGUCUUCAAUAAAGUUUCGUUGGGGUUUGAGUGCUUCAGAGCCUGAACAGACCCCUGUCUUGUUUGUGGGGCAGCCAGCUCAUCUUUCAGCAUUGUCCUGGCAGGAUGUGAGGUGCAAGCUUGAGUCAAGAGUAACUGAAGAGGUGUGGCGACGUGGUCUCGCCGUAACUUCGCCUGGUGAUGUCUCAGAGUUAUGGCCACGUGGUGCUGCUCUUGGUGUCCUUCCUCCAAGACGUUCUAGGCACACUGCUCCCUCAAGAAACCAUUCUUUAUCAAAAAUUGUCAAGUCAGCACUACGUUCUGCUGCUGAAGAGUAUAUUGUUCUGGUAUGUCGCAAACGAGAUGUAUUAGCCAGUGCAGUGGCCAUAGCCAGGUCAGUCCCUCUCUACUCGGCUCGGUCUGGCUCUGCUCCACUGAACUCCAAUCAGCCUGCCCCACCAGCUAACACAAAUCUCACUGUUGAGUAAUUCAUUGUUAAUCAUGAAGGUGACUCCGAAGACGAAGGUACCAAUGCGCACGCCCUAACAGAUGGGACCCUGUCCAAUGAAGAGCUUGGCACUAUACAGGAUGUAGCUGAUUCCGUUCGCCUUGCUGCAAGAAUUACAGACACACCCGCUAACAUUAUGGAUGUGGAUGCUUUUGUUGAGGAAGCCUGUAAAGUAGCCAAGAAGCUAGAUAUAGCUGAACCAACAGUGAUACGUGGCGAGGCACUGGCAGAACGUGGAAUGGGUGGCAUCUAUGGAGUCGGCAAAGCUUCCACUAAGCCUCCAGCACUGGUUUCCUUGUCUUACAUGGCCCCUGGAGCCACAGAGACUGUGGCCUGGGUUGGCAAGGGCAUUGUUUAUGACACUGGUGGCCUUAGCAUCAAAGCCAGGGCUUCGAUGGUGGGCAUGAAGGGUGAUUGUGGUGGGGCAGCAGCGGUCUUAGGUGCCUUUGCGGCUGUAGUUAGAGCUAAACCUACUGUCAAUUUACAUGCUGUCUUGUGUAUCGCUGAAAACUCAGUUGGGCCCAAUGCUACUAGGCCAGACGACAUUCACCAGUUGUACUCUGGUCGCACUGUAGAAAUCAACAACACAGAUGCGGAAGGUCGUCUGGUACUAAGUGACGGUGUGGUCUACGCUCGCCGGGAUUUGAAAGCCGACACCAUUGUUGAUGUGGCAACACUCACCGGGGCACAGGGCACAGCUACCGGUAAAUACCACGCAGCGAUUAUAUCGAACGCAGCCUCAUUGGAGCGGGCCUGUGUAUCCGCUGGACUGAGGUCUGGCGACCUGACUCACGCCCUUCCAUAUGCGCCAGAGCUUCACUUCACAGAGUUCUGCAGCCACGUGGCCGACAUGAAAAAUAGUGUUGCUGAUCGAAACAAUGCGCAGCCAUCUUGUGCUGGUCUCUUCAUUUUGGCACAUUUAGGCUUCGAUUUCCCCGGACAAUGGCUGCACGUGGAUAUGGCUGCGCCUGCGCACAUUGGUGAACGAGCGACGGGUUAUGGAGUCUGCCUAUUGUCCGUGCUAUUCGGGAAAUAUACAAAUAGCCGUCUUCUUAAGGCUCUUAGUCCAUUACGCUAAAUUGUCUAUGGAUUUACAAAUGUUUUUUAUCAUGUUUUGCAAUAGUGGACUUUAUUUUUAACGCAAAAUAAUAAAUUUAUAUACAAGUUGGGUUUUACGGAAAGAGAAAAUUAUCAUUAUACUUACGAAUAUUAAUCGAUGCUAAUUUAAUUCAAAUAAAACUUAUUGGCGGUUUAGGAAAAAUCUCUAGAAAUAUAAAAUUGUCUUAAACGGGUUUUUAUAUAUUAUUUUAUAUUGAUAAUGAUAAUUUUCUUACCCCAAUUGUCAAAGUACAAUAAACAUGGUUCUAUGUAUUUUAGAAUGUGCACUUUCACUGGACAAUUCCUACCUUAAAUUGAAUUUAAAAAAAAAAUUAAUAUCGCCACAAUGGCUGAACAGAUCUGAAUGAAAUAUAUACGUUUUUGACGUAGCAAAGUCAUACUUAAUGCUGUCUUGUUUCGGAAUAUCAACCCCAGUGAUUAAAUAGCAGUAUUUCAUAUUCUUUGCACUUAGUUAAGUAUAGGAUAAGCAUUUAUAUCGUUCUUUUAUUAGUAAGUUUUUAUUCAUUUUGAAUGUAAUUAGGGCUCGUUUUAUAUGCACUGAUUAAGGGAGCGUUCAAGUAUUACGUCACGCAAUUUUUGGAGAUUAUUGACCCCCCCCCUCCAUUUAACGUGCCGUAACGUUUUUCUGUACCCAAGUAGAGUACUUUACCCAAGUAUAACAAACGUUUCGUGGCCACCUAGUGACUCUUUAUACCUAAAAGUUACCAUUAAAGUGUAAAAGUACUGGAAAGUCGAAAAUAAUAUAAACAAUAACGACUUAAUUCGAUUCCCGUCCCGCAUCGUAACGUUGUACCAAAGGACCCCCUCCCCCCCAAAAUUCGUUACGUAAUACUUGAACGCUGCCAAUUAACGAAAAAAUCAUUUUUGAUUAGAUUUUUUUUCAAAGCAAUAAUAUUUUGGUAUAAGCUAGCAUUCACUUCCUAGUAUUUUUUGUCACGCUUCGAUUUGAAUUUUUUUUAUAAUGAAUCUUUAUUAAUACUAAGAAAAAUCACUAACAUACCUCAUACAAUUUUAAUAAAUGAAGCAAUAAUAAAAUCGUUGAUUUUGGAUUAAAUCGCGUUAACUACUACAUUUUUUUAUGAAGUCAUAAGAAUUGAAAAAGUACAAUCUGUAGUUGUAAUAAUAAACAAGUUUUAAUCCGUAAAAUCAUGAUUAUUUAGAUAGUAUUUUUAUGAGAUACUGGAAAUAGUAUUGGUAACAAAAACAUGAACAUCGCUUGUAUGGUAAAAAACUCCAUAAACAUGUCAGUUGGAAACAAAUUCUGUAUUUACAGUUAAAAGUACCUAAGCCUAUAAUAAAAAUAAUAUGUAACAUCUAAUAAGUUCAUGGCAUUAUAUAUUUUUAAAUGUUUUUGUAAUUUAAUAAAAUAUGUAUAGAUUAUUGCGUUUUAUUUUUUUAUAAAUAAAAUGUUGCACUCACCUGUACAAUGUGUUAAAACAAAUCAAACCCAAAUGUGUGUAGAUUUUCUAGCUUAAUAAAUCAUUUUAUAAA